AUGGCGUCGCUCCGGUGCUGUCCCGCGCCCCUGCGCCGGGUUGCCGCCGCCAGCUGGAGCCGACCGUGGAGCACCCCACUCGGCGCCGUCCGAUGCAGCUCGUCCAGCAGCAGCUCGACAUCUGCCAUCGCUUACAAGGCCUUGCGAAACCGAUCUGCUCCUCUGCCCGUGACCAAUUCCCCGCCCUCGUGGUCGGCUCAAGCUGCCGUCUCCAAUAUUCUCUAUGAGACGCCGACUCCGUCCAUGGCUCGUCCGAAGCGCCACAUCCUCAACUGCUUGGUCCAGAACGAGCCCGGUGUUUUGUCCCGCCUGUCCGGCAUUCUGGCUGCCCGGGGCUUCAACAUCGACUCUCUGGUUGUCUGCAACACGGAGGUUGAGGAUCUGUCUCGCAUGACCAUUGUGCUCACGGGCCAAGACGGCGUCGUCGAGCAGGCCCGCAGACAGCUCGAGGACCUUGUCCCUGUCUGGGCCGUCUUGGAUUACAGCAAUGCGGCCCUCGUUCAGCGCGAGCUCCUGCUGACCAAGAUCAACAUUCUCGGCCCCGAAUACUUUGAGGAGCUUCUGGCUCAUCACCGCGAGAUCACCGCCGGAGAAUCGGGCAAGUCUUCCGAGGGAGCUGAGCGGCAGGCGCAGUCCCUCGAAGAGUCGGCGCAGGACUUUCAUCCCAGCAAGCUCGCUGCCAGCGAGGCCCUGCGACAUAAGCAUGAGCACCUGAAGACCAUCACAUACUUUACACACCAGUUCGGAGGCAAGGUCCUGGAUAUCAGCACCAUCAGCUGCAUCGUUGAACUAUCCGCAAAGCAAUCGAGGAUCGAUUCGUUCCUGAAACUGGUUGCGCCUUUCGGCAUCCUCGAGUCGGCUCGCACCGGCUUGAUGGCACUCCCUCGAUCCCCUCUACACGCCCCUGCGGAGGAGCCCAUCCACAAGGAGGCGGAUGAGGUUGUUGAUGCCAGCCAGCUGCCCCCUGGUUAG